CAUAAAGCACUGCUCCUUCCCGAGAGUGGGUUGAUGAGGGCUUCCCGCAGAGGAGCGCCCGGGUAUUAUGCCCCCGAAAUGUAUGGGCGCCCCGACGGGCAGAAGGUGGUGACCGCCAAGCUUGACGUCUUUUCGUUUGCAACUGUUGUAUGGGAGAUGUUGUCUAAGAAGGCAUUGCCCUCUAUGAGAUUCACGGAUAUGCAGGUUUGCAAACGACUCAUUGUGCUCCGCAGAGACCCGGCACAGAACCUGUAAUGAAAGGAGUAUUCCCCGCGCAAAUUGACUCGGUGUGGCCUGCGGACUUGCGGAAUGUUAUAAUGUCCGGAUGGAAUUGGUGGCGGGCAUUCAGACCCUCAAUGACGAAGUGGUUAAAGACUUGGGUGGUGAGGACCAAAGCAGUGAGGAUUUGACAAGACUAGAGCAAGAGAACGCGAGACUACGGAGUCGGGCGGGAAAAUCCGAGCAGGAUCGUGCAAGAUGGGAGGACGCGAACCGGAGAUCCCAGCUCGAGGUGGCCCGUUACGAAGCGGAAAGGUCAAUACUGGACGAAGAGAAUACCAGACUCCGAAAGCGGAUCACGGAACACAACGAGGAUAAGGCAGCACUGGACGAAGCGAUCGCUUUAUUACGGUCCGAAGCCAUACUCCACAGAGCGAACUGGGCGAGACGGGGGGAGGAGAAUGCGAGAUUACCCGCACAGGCCACACGAGACGAGAGAGACAGGGCCGUACUGGAAGGGGAGAUCAGAUAUCGGAAGAGAGAUAUCGGGAUGCCCUCCAAUGGGCAAAUGACGCGAUACAAACGGGCAAAGCCCUCGAGUUGCGGAUCGAAUCCUCGGGAUGCCCUCCAAUUGGCAGAUGACGCGAUACAAAAGGGCAGCGCCCUCGAGUUGCGGAUCAAAUCCUUGCAGGGCGAAUGCACGAAGCUCGGCAGCGAACAGCGCGACCUGGAAGGGCGGAUCAGAGAAUCGGAAGAGAGAUAUCGGGAUGCCCUCCAAUUGGCAGAUGACGCGAUACGAAAGGGCAACGCCCUCAAGUUGCGGAUCAAAUCCUUGCAGGGCGAAUGCACGAAGCUCGGCAGCGAACAGCGCGACCUGGAAGGGCGGAUCAGAGAAUUGGAAGAGCAGAAGCUCAGUCGCAAAGGCCAGAUAGACCUUUGGGAGAAAGUGCUCUUCUUAGUGUCCCUGGGGCUCAUUUUGGCGGGAAUCAUCUGGACCCAAGUCCACAGUCGAAGCUAUCAAUUUGGGGAAGCGCUGUUUGAUUUCAGACUUUUCAGAUGGCGUCCGUUUUGAAGGUGCUUUUAAUCUGUGGAUCUCUUCAUUUGAUAAGGCGGUCCGGCGUAUGAACCUCUAUUAUAUCUCCAGACCCGAUGGGAUCACAUACAUGUACACAAAAGGACCCUGAACACCCUAACCCUAGAGUAGAUGUGACGUACUAUUAUAAUAGCUUCUUCUAUUCGGCAGUGUAUCAAUACUGAAACGGUCGUUAUGUCGUGGCAUCAACGUUGCAUGUCAGGCUGUCAAUCCAGCAA